AUGUGGUGGAUUCAGUAUCUGGCUCGGAGUUCCAUCCGGCGAGCGCUUUCGACCUUUGACUUUGCUGCGGAUCUGUGGACGUGGAGGAACGCCGACGCACCCCGGGAGCUACAUCCCCGCUGGCGAGCGGUGCUCUCGGUCGCUGAACCCUACCCUGCCGUCAUCGAUCCUGCCAAACUUUCGGUCUCCAAUUUUCUUUCUCUUUCUCCCCUCCAACCUGGUCUGCAUGACUCGCGGGCGUUCUCGGAGCAGGAUAAGCGUUUGGCGAAGCAUUUCAGUUUCGACCGCACCAUCGCUGACAUCUAUGCUCGAGCCCAAUACCCCGCAGCUCCAGCGGUGCCCUGGACCCCUGAGAAGCAUCCCAAGGCGACGGCUCGGAGCUGUCCAACCUUUGGCAAUGGAAGCGCCAUCAAGUCCAGGCGUGGAUCCAGGUCGCAGGCGAUCGCUUCAUCCCGCCGCUCCCGCCUCCUGUUCCCGCCCUCGUACGUCGACCACCCGUCAUUCGUGUCGUUGGAGCACCUGGAGCCCGGCGCGGCGGUCCCCUCGAGCACAUCUUGCCCAGAGCGACUCCAGUCGGCAUGCCUGAUCAAAAACUUCCCCUCCCCUCCGCCCCCUUGCGUGCUGAUCAGUGGAGAAUGUUGAGCUUGGACAGACCUUACACCGUUGCGACAAGGGGUAUGUGA